AAGCUGCUCCCUUUUCGUUUCGGCGUUUCGAUUUUAGGGUUUAUCAUUUCUCCCUGAGUCUCGCUCUCUCUCUUAACAAGCUUCCAACUUUCUCUCUGAAAAUGACGAAAUUUCGGAAGCUUAAUCGACCCACCGGUCACAGAAUGUCAAUGCUCAGAACGAUGGUCUCUCAGUUGGUGAAGCACGAGAGAAUCGAAACCACUGUUGCCAAGGCUAAAGAAAUUAGGCGACUUGCUGAUAAUAUGGUACAGCUUGGAAAAGAGGGUUCUCUGUGUGCUGCAAGACGUGCUGCAGCAUUUGUGCGAGGGGAUGAUGUUAUUCACAAGCUAUUUACAGAACUAGCUUAUCGAUACAAAGAUAGGGCAGGUGGAUACACAAGACUACUUCGAACUCGUAUACGAGUUGGUGAUGCAGCUCCAAUGGCCUAUAUUGAGUUUGUUGACAGAGAAAAUGAGCUUAGGCAGUCAAAACCACCAACCCCUCAACCACCACCAAGAGCUCCCUUAGAUCCUUGGCAAAGAUCCCGGCUUACCAGGCAGUUUGCUUCCCCAAAAGAGGAAAAAAUCUCUGAGUCUGAGAUAUGAGAUGCUGCUAUGUUUUUUUUUUUUUUAAUUUCAUUGCUUGAUAGCUUACAAUAUCCUUAAUUCUUCAGAUACUGAACCUUUUUAAGCAUUAAUCAAGCAUACAGCACUAAAAUUUAUCAAUCUCUCAGUCUCAUAUUCUGCAGUUGCACUUUUAGAACAUCAAUAAGAAAGUCUCUCAAAGUAGGGAUCAAAUUUGUAGCCCUUUUUCUCCAAUUCAGCCUUUGACAAGGACUUAAGGUGAUUACAGGAUUCGACAGCGAGGUCAGUGUAUGUAAAUUUUGUAUAUCAUUAUUUAAAAUGCUAUGAAUUUCAACUCAAUCUGUUAAAUUGAAUGUUGCUUAAUUUUGAUAUAUUUGUAAUAUCAGCAUCCAUUUUGCAGUUAAA